GUCAGAGCAGCCCAGCUGUGUGUGUGUGUGUGUGUGUGUGUGUGUGUGUGUGUGUGUGUGUGUGUGUGUGUGGUGACAGUGAGCUCGCUCUCACACAACAAGGAAGUGGAGGAGGACAUGUCGCUCAGCUGAAGGCACGAACACACGGACACAGAACCACCGCCUGUCUCUCCACGCUAUACCCUGUCUCCUCUCUUAUCAUUUCUUUUUCUUCCUCCCUCCUCCUCCACUACCUCUUCUUCACCCCUCUCCCUCUCUUGUCAUCUUCUCAGACUCCAGAGCUCACUGUGUCCACCAUGUGUCCUCCUGCUGCCGAUCUCCCAGCAGCUUCCUCUGAGAUGGAGAUGACAUGAUGUCUGCGUGUACCCCAUCAGCCUCCUCAGCGUGAGCCCACAUCUGCUGCCCAUCUCCGUCAUUGUCAAUAUUCACAUCCAAACAUGGCCUCUGUUCCUCCUGGGGUCCGAAUGCUGGUGUCCUUCGACAGGGACCAGUGGUACAGAGCUCUCACGUUCAUCCUCACCUUCCUGCUCUACACCAGCUUCCACCUCUCCAGGAAACCCAUUAGCAUCGUCAAGAGCGAGCUCCAUAAGAACUGCUCCUCUGUCAGUGAGAUCGCCACGGCCCUCUCCAGCAGCAGCCAGCAGCCCCCCCUGCCGUCUCUCCACACAGACAUGGACUGUAGCUGGAAGCCUUUUGAGAAAAGGAACUACAAACAGCUGCUGGGAGCCAUGGACUACUCCUUCCUCUGUGCCUAUGCAGUGGGAAUGUACCUCAGCGGCAUCAUCGGGGAGCGCCUGCCCAUUCGACUUUACCUGACGUUUGGCAUGCUGGCCAGCGGCCUGUUCACCUGCCUGUUUGGACUGGGUUAUGUCUACAACAUCCACAACCUGGGCUUCUAUAUAUUUGUCCAGGUGGCCAACGGCUUAGUCCAAACCACUGGCUGGCCCAGUGUAGUGACUUGCAUCGGCAACUGGUUUGGAAAAGGAAGGCGUGGACUCAUCAUGGGCCUGUGGAACUCUCAUACCUCAGUGGGAAACAUCCUGGGCUCUCUGAUCGCCGGCUACUACGUCUCUUCCAACUGGGGCAUGUCCUUCAUCGUACCGGGGAUCAUCAUCGCAGUCAUGGGCAUCGUCUGCUUCUUCUUCCUCAUUGAGCAUCCAAAUGACCUGAAAACCCUGUAUGCUCAAAAUUCUUCUCCAGGCAAGAGUCAGGUUCAAACCAAAAGUUGGAGCGGUGUAAAUGGACGCACUGAGGUGUAUCUGCAAUACAAGGAAAACAAAACCCAGGACUACUACUAUUAUGAGGAUAAUGUUCAAAACUGGAAGAGUUACGACACAGAGCUGUUGUUGCCCAGAGACAGUGUGUGUGUCCCCACGCAGCCGGUCGUGGUGGUGAAGAGGGAAUCGGAGCCGUCCGCCAUCAGCUUCAUGGGAGCUCUACGCAUACCAGGAGUGAUCGAGUUCUCUCUGUGUCUGCUGUUUGCCAAGCUGGUCAGCUACACCUUCCUGUUCUGGCUGCCGCUCUACAUGACCAAAGCAGCUCACCUCGAUGCCAAGAAGGCUGGAGAUCUCUCCACCCUGUUUGAUGUGGGAGGAAUAGUGGGGGGGAUCUUGGCAGGAGUGAUCUCUGAUAAACUGGGGAAGAGAGCCACCACGUGUGCCGUCAUGUUGCUGCUGGCUGCUCCUACACUGUACGGCUUCUCCAUGAUCAGCGAGUUCGGUUUGGGGCCAACCAUCGGCAUGCUGUUGGUGUGUGGAUGCCUAGUCAAUGGACCAUACUCCCUCAUCACAACUGCAGUGUCUGCUGAUUUGGGGACCCACAAGAGCCUGAAAGGCAACGCCAGAGCAUUGUCUACUGUCACUGCCAUCAUCGAUGGGACAGGAUCUGUAGGUGCAGCAGUGGGCCCCCUGCUGGCCGGGCUGCUGUCUUCAGGCGGCUGGGAUCGGGUCUUCUACAUGCUCAUGACUGCUGACUUCUUCGCUCUGUUGCUUUUGCUACGGCUCGUGUCAAAGGAGCUGACCUCAACUAAACCCCGUCCCAUCUCUGCUGUAGAGUUGAAGGAGCACUGAGCACUUUGACUGCACUGCCUCCACGUAGGAGCAUGCACGCGCACACACACACACACACACACACACACACGCACACGCACACGCACACACACACGCACACACACACACACACACACACACACACACACACACACACACACACACACACACACAGUGCAUUGAAACCACUUGUCUAAGCCUGAAAUGGACUAUGUGGCUCUGACAAUAACUGGACUGUCCUGGACAUGAGACACUUACCACAAACACACACACACAGGCACAUGUUUAUAAAGUGUGUAUGUGUGUGCACACACAGUGCUAUGCCAGCUACAGUAGUCCGCUGUAAACAGGACUGUACUUGCGUCCCUGAGGAAGAGCUGAAGCUGAAGUUCUGGCUGGUCUGGAGGAUUCAUCUGCACACUCAGCGUCCUCGUCUCUUUCUCUCCUCUUCCUCUAUUGAACUAUUUCCUAUGGCAGCCAAUGUGAGCUUGAACACACUACCUGCUCUACUGUAUCUACUCAAAGGACCGGCAGAUAUAUGAAACUAGCCUUACUUUAACGUGUUGAAACAGCAACUUCCAUGACUGUGUCCUCAUUGAUCCUACUGUAGUUAUCCUCCUGUUCUUCUCCUUAUAAGACCUGAUCUAACCCUGACAGUCAGGUUUAUCUAAUCUAACCAUCUGAAAUUAUACCCAAGGGACCAUUUUUUUAUUUUUUUACCUAAACCCAGCCUUCCAGGUGGACCAUGGUGGCAUCUAAUCUGCUUUUAGACCUUUGAAUCAUGUUGGCGGCUUGAAAACAAACCAGCAGAGCCAAUCAAGCUUUCAGGAGGAUUUCAGAAGGGGCUCGUCAGAAUCGGGUUCCUUUGCCAGACCCAAAAAAAUGGGAACAGCCAAAAUUGCCACAAAAGCAUGAUGUGUGCAGGUGUUUGUAAGUCGACUUACAGAAAAAAAAAACCUCUUCAUUCUUAAAUCAAUACAUUUCUUUGAUUAUUGUUUAAAAUGCUUACUUCUAGCAACCGCAGUGACUUAAGAUGGACCGAUAAAACGCUUACUGAUGAUUGAUUAGGAAAAAAUAAGCUACUCUCAAACUGCCAGUUCAGUCUGUGGGUCGGGCUAGAUGGGAUCCAUCAAGUUGUGAAACAACUAUUGUUAGCUGGUAGCUGCGGAGCUCGACUACGUUCCUGUAGUUAGCCGCUGUACACUAAAUGGGAACCUGAAUCCCUGGACUCUGAUUAGUUCCUGGUAUUAUUCAGUGAUAUAAUAUCUGUGAAAUAUGCACUUGUCAGAUAUUGUGUGUCAGAAUUUGUUUUCCCAAAACAGUAAAAACAUAUGAAUUUUCUGUAGCCCCUUUCACACAUGGAGCCUAACAUGGCCCUUAAAGCCGGUACCCUGUGGACUUCCUGAUCUCUAGUAACGCCGUGGAGCACUUUUUAUCAAGGGGUCUCGUACGAGGACGCACACUAGCCAGCUAGUGGACAUGGAUGUAAACAAUGCAUGAUUCAAAAUACUAAAUAAUACAAAAAGCAGCUUUGCAGACGUUUAAUGAGGAAGUAAAUGCAUUCAGCUCCAGGAUACAACAAUGCAUUUGGGUGAGUAACACUGAAUGUACAUAGAACUGUGUUUGUUUGCCUUUUUAGAGGAUCAGUUACUCUCUCUUACCUGUAGUUGUAUCUGUCAUGUCAGAUCAUUUUGGUUUUAUUUGUCUAGGUUCAGCCCAGUAAAAUGGGGGUGAAUUUAAAUUAAAAACAAAAUGUCAAAUUUUCUAUUGAAUUGAUCGGUGUGGAGGCAGAAAUCUCCACCUGGACAAAUACAAGCAAAACUGUUUACGGAUAGAUCCCACUAGAGGGAAGUGUGACUAACUGACCCUUUAACCUUGAUGGGAACACUAGUAGUUUCCUAUGUUCACACUAUUGAGCUGGUGCUUUUAAUGCUGAACUCUCCCAGGGGGGGAGCGGCACUGGACCAGCUCAGUUCUGGGUGACGGCGCACAAAACCAAGACCACUACAACUCUCCUCUAACUGUGUGGAAGUUGCUGUUUCAGUGUCACCUUUGCCUUACUGUACCAAAGAGAUUGUGAGGAUCAUGUUGUAAUUUAAAUAAUAGACUCCUUAUUUAAGUCAUUUAAGUUAUUCCUGUCGGUUUUGUGGUUUCUGUUUUUUUUUUCUGAACUUGUUAUGUAAUGAAGGCACCAAAGUUGUAUUUUUAUAUAAAAACCUGCAGAUAAUGAUGUAUGUUUUCUGUGGGUGGGGAACUAAGAUAUUUUGAAUGUAAUUGUUUUUGUCAAAUUAGAUGACUUACUUGUAAAAGCUCAUAUGGAUAUAAUUUGCAGUGCAAUGUUGAUAUGUUAUUGUUUAAGAGCUUGUCAAAGUGAAUCUUAUCAUCCAAUAUCUGAUCUGGUAAGCAUUUAAAAUCUGAAAACGAAGAUUGUUAGUGAUUUUUGUUCCAGAUUUGUUUAACAUUUAUAAUUAAAUUCUGUUAAUUUACUGUCUGCAAACUGUAAUAGAGUAAAAUCCACAAAAUACAAACACCUGGUAAUGUUCUAUAUAUUUAUAUUUUAAACUUCAUGAUGAUUCAUUGAGACAUAAUGCCUUCGUUGUUGUGUAUAUUUCUUACUGUAUGUGUCAGUGGUAGGCCGAGCACUUGAAUCAUUGUGUGCCUUGUUUGUUGUGUGUCUUUUUUCUGGCCAGUUGGUUUUCUAUAAUGUUUCUUUGCUUCUUUGGAAAUGAACUUGGUUUGGAGGUGGUUCACUCCCAAAGCAAAAAUAAAUCAAUUGUUUUCUUCACUGAA